AUGCAAGUGUUAGGUCAACCGACGUUCGACGUGUACGCUAAUCCAGUCGUCUCGGACGAUGGCGGCAGCGUCCUCUACGACGGAUACGUGCACUUCACAGAAGGCUCGACACUGACAACGUACGUCCUGGUCGACGGCGUUCCAUACGCUACCAGGUCAGUGAUGGAUGAGUCUGCAAACAUCUUAUCACGCUCGGUGCACUGCUUGCCAGGAAAUACGGUGCCAUCAGUUACGUCCCUGAUAGCUGCGCUCAAUGACAUGCGCGUGGCUUCGACUGCCCGCUUAAACGGCGGCAAGAUCAAGUGUGCAUCAGGAAACCUCUUCAAGAUGACGUUCCAAGGACUGGAUCUAGCAGUUUGUGCCUCUGGGUCUUCAGGCUUUCGCGCUUACGGGAGCGACAUCGACAUUAAGGUCAAGUACUUGAAGCACCACGUGCAGAUCCCGGUGCCAGAGCUGACUGCAGGAAUGACGGGAAAGUGUGAACCUGUCACCAGUGCCACUGCAGUGACUCCUGCGGCAGUUGCUUUGCUCACUGGCCAACCAGUCCACAGCGAGGCAAGAAGUUCGGACAGCGGCGCGUCUGUCACUCUGUCUUCGACGACGUGCAAGUGCAUGUCCAAGCCACGUCCGUGUCUCUUUAUUCACGGCCUGGGAAACAGUAACGCCGAAGACGAACUGCAAGACUCGAUGACGCAGUACUGGGGCAAUUUGACAGAACACGCACCAUGCUGCACGGAAUUCAAGUACAUGGUGUGGAAUUCCAUGGCGGUUGGCUGGAACGAUGACAUGCAGCAGCAAACGAUGUGCGAUCUCGCUUCCUCGGUGACGAAGUCUGGCUCUUCAACUGAAAUUGCGGACACCAUCGUCGUCACGCAUUCCAUGGGUGGACUUGCACUAGCAGGUGCCAUCGCUAAUGGAAAAUGCACUCUCGCUAACAGUAGCUCGUGGGUCUCAAUGAGUGCACCCAUGUCGGGAAGCAUGGGCUCCGACUAUGCUGUUGAAUUGUGCGCUGGUGAACACACGGUUAUUAUGAAGAUGAUUGGCAACAUCACGAGUAUAUGCUCCAUGCUCAGUGCUACGAAAUCGCUUUCAUACGAAGGCGGGGAGUUCGCUAGCGCGGAAAUCAACGAAGCAUACGAAGCUGCUCAGGAAGUGUACCGGAAGCAUGUUUAUGCAGCUAUCUGCAGCGACUCGUACGCAGGGCUAUUUUCUCGCUAUCUGCCUAUUUAUUGGCUGCUGGGUUCUACACUUCCACACAAGUCGGAUGAGAACGAUGGUAUGGUGGAGUUCAAUAGCUGCGCAGGUGGACUUCCCGCUCAACAAUUUGGUGACCACUAUGGAAUGCGGUUUUACAAGACGGAGCUCAACCACGCCGACACUACGUUUUACUUCGGUGACGGGCUUUUUAACACUGCGCAAAUGCCCGUCAAGUGGUUUGAGUGCUUGUUGUAG